UAACCCAGUUCUGUUCUACUUUCUUUAUCAUGUUUACUACAAUGAAAAAUCAAUUUUAUUUCAUUAUAUUAGUGCAGAUUUAUGCUUUUUUGGUUCUUUGUGGUCAUUAAUGAGACAAUAAUAUGCACUUAGGCCUUGAAAACUAUAUGCAAAAUUAUUGGUUACUACAGCUUAUUCAUAUACAGCUUCAAUGAGGAUGAAAAUGGGAAGAGGGGGUGCUUGAGCUUCCAAGACUUGAUAAGUUUGUCAAAAUUCUUCACCAAUCAUAGAGGGCUCCGCUAAUUCAAUGAAAUUUCUAAUUGGGCUUUUCUCAAAAUUCAUCUUUUGCUCCCAUGAUUUUCAUUAGCAAUUUUCUUCUGGAUUCUAUCAUAGAGUAUUGAUGCAUGCAAUUGUCUUUUUAGCUCAAAAACUUUACUCAAUGCUUUUCUCUUCUUUUACCUUGAGUCUAUUCCGUUGAACUCUAUUUGCUGCAAAUAUUAAAUCAAAGCACAGAAAAUUUAUGAAGUCAUGUGUUGCAUCACCUUGUCACUACAGCAUGAUCACCACUCACCCAGUUUGCAAUUGACAGUGAUGAGUCAUAACCUUUCAUCCUUGCAAAAUAAUGUUUCUGGUUCCUACUUACAAGUUAGAUGAAUAGGUUAAUUAGUGUAAUUAAGCAGAGGCUGCACAGGGGAAACUAUAUUAUUGUUGGUAUAUCCUUUUCUCUUUGUUUUAUGCUUGUUUUAAUUUUUGUUGCUAAAUAGGUAUUGACCGAACUGCAAAUGUGUUUGCUUCAAUUGAUUUGUGCAGUAGUUCAGCUAAGAUUGGUAACAGGUUUUGCAGUUAAUUCCAAUAAUUGAUUGGUAGGUGUUCCCUCGUAUUUGGGACAUCUAUAAUGCAGGGUAGAGAUCUGAAUGAGUAUAGCCCAUCUUUAUCAAGCACCAGCAAGCCCCUAUCUUGCAAUGAUCAAUUAUGUGAACUGGGUUCAGACUGCAAAAGUUCAAAGGACCCUUGCCCUUACCUUGCUAACUACUAUUCAGAGAAUACCUCAAGUUCUGGUUUGCUGAUUGAGGACCGACUACAUUUGGCACCAUUCAGUGAACAUGCAUCCCGAAGUUCGGUGUGGGCUUCAGUCAUUAUAGGCUGUGGUAGGAAACAAAGUGGUGCUUUUUCAGAUGGAGCGGCUCCUGAUGGUCUUAUGGGAUUGGGACCUGGGGACCUUUCAGUUCCUAGUUUGCUAGCAAAAGCAGGAUUGGUUCGAAAUGCUUUCUCAAUUUGUUUUGACGAUAAUCAUUCUGGGACAAUUUUGUUUGGUGACCAAGGACUUGUGACCCAAAAAUCUACAUCAUUUGUGCCUUUAGAAGGAAAAUUUGUUACCUAUCUUAUUGAGGUGGAGGGUUACCUCGUUGGGAGUUCUUCUCUUAAGACAGCAGGAUUUCAAGCUCUGGUUGACAGUGGAACAUCAUUCACAUUUCUUCCAUAUGAAAUUUAUGAAAAAAUUGUUGUGGAGUUUGACAAACAAAUGAAUGCUACAAGGUCCAGCUUCAAAGGGUCCCCCUGGAAGUACUGUUAUAAUUCUAGGUGGAUUUCGUGUACUAGACGAGGAGGAUUUUGGAAGCCUUUUUUUCUCAUUUUUCUCUUGGAGUUGAUUGUUGGCUUUUUUAUUGUUUUUGUUUUUUGCAACAGUUCACAGGAAUUGCUCAACAUUCCUACUGUGACACUUGUGUUUGCUAUGAACCAAAGUUUUAUAGUACAUAAUCCUGUUAUUAAGUUAAUCUCGGAGAAUGAGGAAUUCAAUGUUUUCUGUUUACCUAUCCAGCCUAUACAUGAAGAAUUUGGCAUCAUUGGCCAAAACUUCAUGUGGGGUUAUCGCAUGGUGUUCGAUAGGGAAAAUUUGAAGCUGGGUUGGUCUACUUCCAAUUGUCAAGAUAUAACCGAUGGUAAAAUAAUGCAUUUAACACCACCUCCAAAUGAUAGAUCUCCAAACCCACUGCCCACCAAUCAGCAACAGAUGACCCCUAGUAGGCAUGCUGUUGCUCCUGCUGUUGCUGGAAGGACUCCCACAAAUUCUGCUGCAGUGUCACCUCUUGCUUUUCCCUACUGGCUCUGUUUGGUGAAUUUGCUGCUAGUGUUGAUGCGUUUGUUUGUUCUAGAUGUCUAAUAUAAACUCCUCUCCGCAUCCCCAACCAAUGUAAAUCAUAGUUCCCCAACAAUGAAGGGAGGUACUCUUUUGGGUCAUUGUAUUGAUUGGUUAUGGUAGGUAGAAUUUUCUUUUUGGUGGUUCUCUACUUUCAGUGGUAGGUUAUUUUUAGUUUUUGUUUGCAUAUUCAUGAACAGAUUUAACUAUCUCUAAUUUUAUUGGUAUCGUAGUUAUAAAUUGUGGAAUUAAGAAGCA